GGAAUCUAAGAAUCGAUCCAAGCAGUGUUCCGCCUUCCCACGUGGUUGGUUGGUUGGGGGUGGCUGGGGAUGCGACCCGACCCAGUUUGGUCCGGCUCGGAUUUCGGUUCGGUUCGGUUCCGUCUGACCCCCUGAACUCUGUCAUUGCUUUCUUGAGUCUUUGUCUCCGUCUCUGUCUUGCCGACGUCGACAUGGCGUCUGCAGCUACGCGGACAGCGGCGAACAAGAACGAGAGAGCGCGGAGAGAGACAAAGGCGGACGGGGAAGAUAAAUUGCGGUGUGUAUCAUUCUCGUCGCUGGAGUCCGAGGUGCGCAUGCUCGUGUACGUGCACGUGGCCCUGUGGGCGCUCGUUCUGCUGCAGGUCAUCGUGAGCAGCCUGCGCCUCGUGCCCAGUAGCCUGGUGGCACGGCCCUACCUCUGGGAGUACCCUUACCUGCUGAGCGUGGCUCCCGCGCUGCUCACGAUUGGCGCCAUGCGCAGGAGGAGCACGUACCACAUGGUCCUUGCCAUGGCGAUGACGUCGCUCGUGUCGCUGGGCCCGCUGGUCUACGGUAGCGUCGAGAUGUUCCCCAUGGCCAGGCAGCUCUACACGCAGGGAAAGGUGUACCGCCACAUCCUCGGCUUCUCGGCCGUGUCGGUGCUGUACUUCGCGAUGGUGAUCGCCGUGCAGGUGCACGCCUGGCAGCUCUACUACUGCAAGCAGCUGCUGCAGGUGUGGUCCUCCGCUCCCACCCAGGAGGCGCCCGCGGGCCAGCGCAAGAGCCAGUGACGUCCCCGAAGAACCCCCCCACCUCCGUCGCCGCCGCCGCCACCACCGUCCACCCCACCCUCUGCUUUUGCCUCUAAAUUCACGGGGGUGUCAGGCAGCACCUUCUCUUCUCCGUGACCUCGCCCCGUCCGGGAAGUGCAGUCGGGAGUCGGGUGGUGAUCUGCGUGCAAACCGAGCCGCACCGGUGCCGUGCAGCGAUGUGCGUUGUUGAGUCGCACUACGCUCCCUGGCCUUCCAGCGACUCGCGCUGACCGGCAUGGUGAAGUACGGUCAGAUAUCUCCCACGGCCUGGCACAGUGGGGGGAGGAGGGCCGGCCUUCAUCCAGCAGUGGGUUGACAUGGGGUUGUACGUGGGCGGUCUUGUUAAAUUAUUGUUUUGCUCCAAACUGUUUUAAAUUGCUUUUGUUAACGUCGGCAUUAUGUUUCCGAUGUGCAUAUAUAUAUUCCCAUUAAGAUAUGAAUCGAUUGGCGGUGACCCGGGUCACCAUCGUGACCUGGGGGUGCCAAAACCUCCAUAACUCCGAAACCAGAAGGCCUAUGAACAGGGGCGGAGCCAGGGGGGGUGA